ACUUAUCAUUAUCAUCUAUCAUAACUAAGUCAUUUAAUUAUAGAAACAUAACUAAGUCACUUAGUGAGUUUAAGUGCACUUGUUAAUUAAUUUCUCAAAAAAUUAAGAUGGUUAGAACUCCUAUUUGUGACAAAAGUGGAAUGAGGAAAGGAACUUGGACUGCUGAAGAAGAUAGGAAAUUAAUAGCUUAUGUAACUAAAUAUGGUUGCUGGAAUUGGCGCCAACUUCCUAAGUUUGCAGGUCUUGCAAGAUGUGGGAAGAGUUGUAGAUUGAGAUGGAUGAAUUAUCUAAGGCCUAAUAUCAAAAGAGGGAAUUUCACUCAACAAGAAGAAGACUUGAUUGUCAAAAUGCAUAAAAAACUUGGCAAUAGAUGGUCAACUAUCGCGGCGGAGUUACCUGGAAGAACAGAUAAUGAAGUGAAGAAUCAUUGGCAUACUUCUCUUAAGAAGAGAGUUCAACACAAUACAAUCACAAAUAUUGAAGAAACCAAAGUUACCAAAUCAAGAGAUGUUGCCAUUUUCCAAGUUACUACUACUCCAGCUAGUCCUCAAGACACCAAUAGCCCAUUAUCCCCAUUUUCAUCAUCAAGUGAAUUAUCUUCCACAACAUAUUCCAAUCACAGUUCCACUCAUGAUUUUGAUGAUUUUGGUUUUCUUGAUGGAUUUAUAGAAUCUAUGGAUCAAACUUUUUGGCUGGAUGACCUUUCCAUAAUUGUGCAAGACAAUGCUAGUUGUGAUUUUCAAAAUCAAGAUACUACUAAUUUAGUGUCUCCUUAUCAUUGGUCUAAUGAAAGUUUGGCAUUGGAUAAUUACAUUGCCAGCUUUCUAGAUUCGUACAAAGAGUCAACAGUUGAUAGUUUUUGGGCACAACCAUAUUAAGCUGACAUGUCCCACGUUCUAUACCACAAUCAUUGAGGUUUCGCAUAAUUUUGAGUGUUGUUAGUAGUAAUUUGGAAUUUAGGUGGAUGUAAUAUUUGUUAGUGUUGUGAUUAGGCUCGUGGCGCGCCAAUGGGCGUGUUUGUGUGCAUAAGGCAGAGCAGGCUUUGCCAGCAGUAGCUUGACUAGCAAGUUACCACUUGUAGUGUGUGUGCCUACUUGUAAGUGACUAUAUGACUUGUACUCCUAUAUAAGGCUUUGCCUAGUAAUGAAUAAACAAGAGAUUACCAUUUGGAAACAA